GCUGAUCGCUGCAAAAGCAGAUGAGGUGAGUAUCUCGCCGAGCGCCGGUGCUGGAAAUGGAAGCCACAGUCCGAGUAGGGUUGGAGAGCAUGCAGCCAUUGGAGGUUCACCAGUCUCUCCACAAGGCGCAGCACAGCCGCGUUUACGGGAACCGCAGCAACCUUCUGGCUCAUCAGGAUUGCGAAUAAAGGAUGAGGGUAGCAUUUUCUUGCCACAAUUGUCACCAGGCACUUCGUAUACAGGAGCAAUAGGAAGCAUAGGCCCUUCAUCUCCAGGCCAGGUCGGCUCAGACCCCGCAAACGGUCCUGAGCAACCUGGAAUCAGAAACUAUUCCGUUAGCAGUACUGGCAGUAGUGGAAUUUCGCACUCCACUAUGACGAGCGCAAACAGAGUGGCAGCUGCCAGGAACAUAGCACGUGUGUCGCCACCGCCAAAUUCAGGGAUAAACCCGACGACUGGCACGAUAGGAAUUGCAGGAAGCUUGAUGAGGAGCCCUGAUCGUAGUGGAGGGACUUAUAUUAUAGGUAGUUCUGCUCAAUUUCCCGGAGGUAGUUCUUCAACUCAUCGCAGUCCCUUGCAGCAGAUACAAUCGGGAACAAUGUUGAUGAACAGUCAGAUGCAGCAUUUAUCCUCUCCUUCAGCGAUAGGAGGACCGAGGAGUCGAUCGCCUAGCGCAGUUUCUUCUGCCUAUUCCAGUGGUACAACAGGCGUUGGAGGAGGAACGACACUGUUGGAAAGAUCACCUGGAGCAAGUGUGAAGCCGCAGUCAGGGUCGAUUUCCUCAGCUGCGAGCGAGACCUCGGGAAAACACACGGUAAAAAAGCCGCCCGACAAGCCGAGAGGCCUGCUGGGAGGUGGUACUUACUUGGAAUAGAG